UUCCGGUUCGUUUAUUUCCGGGUCCCAGCACAAGCUGCGGCAACGGCCCUUUAUGGCUCAAAGCAGGGUCUGCGAGCUCUGUGCUCGCUCUUCUGUUCCUUGCUUUUUCUGCCACCCAUCUGUAGUCACUGCAGCCCGCAGUCAUCUACCCCUUCCCAGGGUCAGCGCGCAGCCGCGGCCCAACCUUCUUUCGGGCCCGGCUCCAGGAAGUCACUUCCGGCGCGAGUGUUUCCGGGUUGCCUCGGACCCCCGGGUACUGGUCUCUGUACCCCGCUGCCGGCCGGAGAGCUGAGAGCCCAGCAGGGCCCGGCUUGGGCAGCGGCCGCGCCUCCCGUUUGCGUCUCUCGUCGGGUCGCCCUCGGCGUCAGUCAGGGAGCGCUCCGUUGGUCCAGCAGGUGGCAUGUCAGGGCUUUUAGAGAUGUCCCUGCCUGCAGUCCAGAAGCCAUGGAGGAGAUAAGGUAGCCUCCCGGAUCAGAUGGGGAAGCCCAGUUCAAUGGAUACAAAAUAUAAGGAUGACUUAUUUCGGAAGUACGUGCAGUUCCAUGAGGGCAAAGUGGACACCACCCCCAGCAAGCAGCAGCGUGGCAAUGAUGAGUACCUCCGGGUGGCAGCCUCGACCCUGCUCAGCCUGCACAAGGUGGAUCCCUUUUAUCGAUUCCGGCUGAUCCAGUUCUAUGAGGUGGUGGAGAGCUCCCUACGCUCACUGCGUUCCUCAAGCCUGCGGGCUUUGCACUGCGCCUUCAGCGUGCUCGAGACUGUGGGCAUCAACCUCUUCCUCUACCCAUGGAAGAAGGAAUUCCGAAGCAUCAAGACCUACACAGGCCCUUUCGUUUACUAUGUCAAGUCGACAUUACUGGAGGAGGACAUCCGUGCUAUCCUGAGCUACAUGGGCUACACACCUGAGCUGGGGACUGUGUACAAGCUCAAGGAGCUUGUGGAGAGCCUCCAGGUGAAGAUGGUCUCCUUUGAGCUCUUUUUGGCCAAGGUAGAGUGUGAGCAGAUGCUGGAGAUCUACUCGCAGGUGAAGGACAAGGGCUACUCCGAGCUGGACGUCGUGAGCGAGCGCAAGAGCAGCUCAGAGGACGUACGUGGCUGCUCCGAUGCCCUGCGGCGGCGGGCUGAGGGCAGGGAGCACCUGAUCACUUCCAUGGCCCGAGUGGCACUCCAGAAGUCGGCCAGUGAGCGGGCGGCCAAGGACUACUACAAGCCCCGUGUGACCAAGCCCUCCAGGUCAGUGGACACGUACGACAGCUACUGGGAGAGCAGGAAGCCCCCCCUGAAGGCCUCGUUGAGCCUGCGGAAGGAGCCCGUGGCCACAGACUUGGGGGAGGACCUGAAGGACGAGAUCAUCCGCCCGUCCCCCUCCCUCCUGACCAUGUCCAGCUCCCCCCACGGCAGCCCCGAUGACCUUCCUCCCUCCUCGCCAAACAAUGGGCUUGGCCUGCUGCGCAGCGCGUACUUCUCUGCUCAGGAUGACGUGGACCUAUACACCGACUCGGACGCCAGGGCCGCAUACCGCAGGCAGGACGCUCUUCGGCCGGAUGUGUGGCUGGUCAGAAACGACGCCCACCCCCUCUAUCAUAAGCGUUCGCCCCCGGCCAAAGAGUCUGCUCUCUCCAAGUGCCCAAACUGUGGUCUGGCCUGCAGCGCUGCCCUCUGCCAGCGCUGCGACAGCCUGCUCGCCUGUCCCUCGGCGCCCAAGUCCAGCAACUUCCCCAUCAAGGCUGCUGCUCUUGACAGCCUGGCCCACGGGCCCCCUCUGCGGGAAAAGCACUCGAGCCAGGCUCAGGCCCUUGACCGCCUGCCGCCCCUCCACUCUAAGUCCAAGCCCUCCACCGCAGCCACCUCCCGCUGCGGCUUCUGCAACCGCCCAGGCGCCGCCAACACCUGCACCCAGUGUUCGAAAGUUUCCUGCGACGCCUGCCUCAGCGCCUACCACUACGACCCCUGCUGCAAGAAGAGCGAGCUGCACAAGUUCAUGCCCAACAACCAGCUGAACUACAAGUCCACCCAGUUCUCCCACCUCGUGUACAGAUAGACCCCACCUGGCACCUUCUCGCUACAAGGGCUACCCCACUGACCUCCUGGUUCCCUGGUGAGGAAGUGUUAAGGCAUCCGGUGGAAGCAGGGGCCUGAACUUGACCAUGUAGUGGCGGGGAUCUGGCUUGCUGCACCCAGGUGGGAGUUCACUUAGCAACUCAUAUUGCAACCGAUGGCUGCUCCGAUGGCUGCUCCGUCAUCUGACAAGGAGAGGGUGGCGCUUGCGCUCAGAUUCAGUUUGGCUAAUCACUCCCUGUUCAGUUGGUUUUUGGUUUGGUUUGGUUUGGUUUUCUUGUUUCUUCUAAGGAGGAUUUGUGUCUGGGAUUCAUGCCGCGCCCACCCCUCCCACUGUGAAGCCAACAUGGAUGGGGAAGGCCCUUCAGGUCACCUCCAGAUGUCCACCUGCAGCGGCGAGCUAGAGGCCUGUUGGCUUGUGAAAUGAGCCCUCCUGCCACACUGGGCCUCUCCUGACGGCUCACCCUUUGGCCAUCCUGUUCCCAAACGCAAGGAUCCCCAGCCAGACCCCCUGCACCCUGCCUUUCCUGCCUUCCCAGAUGUCAGAGGUGAAGUGAGUCCAGUAUUAGCUGAAUGUCAUCGUGUUGCCGCCACAGCUCUGUCAGCCCAUGGUGUUUGUGAACUUCGCGCCGGCACACUGACGUGUGGACUUCCCAUAGCAGGACUGACCUUUCCCUUUCUGUUGUUUGCACAUGCCCCUCUUACUGUACUGUAAAUAGAUAUUUUUGAGAUUUAUUUUUAAAUAAAUAUUCAACUUGCUAUGUGUUUCAAAGUGGUUAAAAAUUAAUUAUGUAGCUAUUUAUAAAAAGGCCCUGGGUUCUUAGUCUUCCAAGGGAGGCCUCCUGCCCUUUGCUCUUGUGUCUUCCCCUUGCCAGGGUGGAGUGGCGUUUGGGGCAGGGCAGGAGCAGAGACCAUGUCCCCUUUUCUCGAGCUGGUGGUGAGCCACUGUCUUCCCAGGAUAACUACUUACACCUACCUCCAGCGUGCACUUAGGGGGUUAGCACGGGUGCUGAGUCUGCCCUGCAGACUGCGAUGACCCAGUGACGAUUCAGGGAGCUCGCCCUUCGCAUCGACAGCCCUGGUCUUUGGAGCCUGCUGGUCGUUCGCCUUGCACUCCAGACUUCUUGAAUCUCGUUUCAGAAGGAAAAUCAUUUGGGUUUCCCACAGCUCUCCAUCUCUUCACCAGUUCCCAGCACUCAUCUGCAGCAACAUCCGGGAGCUUUUUGCACUAACUGGGCAGGAGUCGGCGCGUGUCCCCCAGAUGCUUGGCUGGGCCUCGGCGCUUCCGGACUGAAGGCCUGGACUCCCCGUGGGAAUCACCGAGGUCUGGAUUUUCCUCUUCUGGGGUUGCAGAACAGGAGUGGGGCAAGAAUUUGAAACUAAGUUGCUUCCUUGUAAACUACUGUUUUAGCUGUAAGUGUUUGUGAUGUACACACUGUUAGGGAUUUAUGCGCAGCAGGUUUUCUGGGAGGAAAAGGUGUUCGGCUCUGGAGCAGGUUUGAAUCUGGCUGAAUCCUGAGGCCACUGUGAAUUUGCCAAUGUCCUUCCAACUCAGUUGAGUGGUUUUAAGGUUUUCCAAAUCUUAUAUGGCUCUUUUUAUAAUAUAUAUAUAUCUAGUAGCUCACAUGUAGAUAUACAAUGUGUAUAUAAAGUUGAAUUUCAACCAAUUUUAUUACUAAGACCAGGCUGUCCGGGGCAUUCAUCUUUGAUGUUCUUCAUUUUCACAUUUCAGAACUGGCAAUGCCUGGCCCAUUCCCAAGAGCUCUAGUUUUCUAGUUUUCCACUUCCAGAUUGCUCCAGCAUCACAGUAACUUAGCUCCUAACCAACUGUGAUGCCACGUGAUUUACAGUGGGCAAAAGCAGGAAUGGCCAAGUUGUCCUAAGAAGACAAAGUCCAAUGUACCUAGCAUCGUGGAAAUACUGUCUUCAUAGACUGGAAUAGGAAAUACGACCGCACUCCUCCUUGCUGUGUAUCUUACUGUAUGAAGUUGCUGUGAUUAAGAUAGUUAAAUAUAUGCUAAUUUAACAACGCAGAUGUUUUGCAUUUGAUUUCUACCAAGAGUUGAAAUGUUGAGAGAUGAUUUUAAAAAAUAAUAAAGUGUCUUCCAUUGUUAAAUGAA